AUGCGAUACAGGCUAUGGCUGCAAAAGUGUAGUUCUUGUUUAGGAUUAAAUGCUGCUUCUGCUGUCACUUUCUGAUUGCCAGGAAGGGAGUAAGGGAUCUGGAAUGAAACUGGUGUGACAUUGGCUAAGGAGUAAGGAGGGCUGAUUCUUGGCCUUUUUCUAUCCUGUCAGUGAGUGUUAAUAUGUUGUGGAGGGAAAAUGACCAGUUCCUUGUUUUGAUUUCCUUGCUGGCCUUCAGGACUGUGUAGGAACUGAGAUCAAUGUGCUUCUGUGUCCGGUCCCAAACACCUCAGCCAGGGAGAUGUGCUCCUCCGGCUAAGAGCAGUAACCCUCACCGAGCAGCUAGAUCUCCCCCUGGUGGGACAGGGUGCAGAAAGCAGGGCUACAGCUGGACAGUGAAAUUUGGAAUUGCCCUGCUCCUGGGGCACCUUGAGCCUGCAGCAGAUGUGGUGUUUCUCCAGUUGAGACAUUCCUUAUGUCAGAGUCACAGGCUCUGUAGAGCUGAGCUCAUGCAGCUGCAUGAAGCUGGAGGCGUGAGUGAACAGCUUGCUGCUGGCACUGGACAAACACCUUCUGUUUGCAACAUCUGCCUGCCUAUACACUGGCAUUUCUCCAUAGUCUUUUUGCCAUUAGAUGAGCACUGAUCUGCUAGCUCUUUGAGUGGUUUAGUCUGACACUUGACCAAAAAAGAAUUUAAAAAAAAAAAGUACCUGGAACGUGAUGGCUUGCUUUGUUUAGAAUAUCUGGGUCCGAUCAUCCUCUGCUCUCGGUUAGAGCCCCUUUGAGGACAGGUGACUUCACUUGCGGGUGGACUAUCUCUCAUUCCUAGCUUGUGCUCUGAAGGAGCUGCACAGAGCUUACUUACCUCUGCAGGGAGGAGCCAUGUGGAGAUGAGGAGCUUGUCUUCACUGCUAAAAAGGAGUUGUUUUUCCUGAACUUCAGAAUAAUUAACGGCCUUAUGGUGUCCCAAAGGAUAACAGCGGUAAAGGCCUGGCAUUUCAGUUUUACGAGAGCAAUGGCAGGCAGAGGAUGUAGUGCUAGUCUGGACAGCCUGACCUUGUGGUAACACUAAAGUGCUGAGCCUUCACUGCAAUUACCCCUUGAGACAAUUUAUUCUCAUUAUUAGCUCCAGCUGAAGAAAACCAGUGGAUCUAGCAGUAAUGACAAAUGUGGAAGGAGAUGGUUGGUGAGAGCUCUGACUCUACCUGAGGAGAUGUAUCUGAGGGAAGAGCUGAAACAACCUUGCUUGGUCUCAGGUGGAAUGUCUUUGGUUAUCCCCACCAAAGGAGGAAGGUGAACCUGGGAGGUACAAUACAGUACAUACAGAAGGACAAGCAGUCCAGCCUGUGACUGCUGGUGACAGGCAGCGUCCUCAUGUACAGCUUGUAGGGCAGGGGCCGGAGGUCUGGGUCCCCUCUGCUGUGGGUAGGAUCCUGCUGUUAAAAGGACUGACUGGAGCCCAGGUGAAUGGGGAGAGAAGAGCCAUAGCCAGUUGCCUGCUUUAUACAAGUCACCAGUGAAAGACAGGUGGGUGGAUCUGUUUGCUUUUCCUAAACUGGAUUAAACUGUGUUGUAUUUCUGUGACUGAACUCUCAGAAUAAAAUCUCUUGGCAGUUCAUUGCUGCUGAAGACUAAGAAAAUCAUUAAAAAAAAAAAAAAAACAACCAAAACUAAACUAAAAAAGAACAGAACAACAACAAAAAACCAGUGAGGUAAACUGAGGCCAGAUCAACUACAGGGCCACACCACAAAAAAGAGAGAAGAAGCUCCAGGGUUACAUUCUGCUUCAGGAGCCAUGCUUCUCUAUUGUUUACAGAGUUCAGACAAGUUUUGUGCCUGUUCCUGCCCUUGGCUCAGGCUCUGCAUCUGCUGGGCCCAAAGCAUGUUUUUGAAAGCUGUCUCCUUUCCUUGUUCUGCCUUUGUGGCCUGUUGAGACAACUGCUGCCAGCGUGUAGGUGUGGGUGCUCUAACACUCCACAUUGUGCCUGGGUGCAGAGGCUGAGUGGAAAUUGAUGGGGAAUAUUUGAUGUGGUCUCCAGAGUAAGCAAGGGCUGUGACUUAAGCAGGAGACAUCUGUGCCUGGUAGGGAUCCUGCUUUGCAAAGGAGUCAGUAGCAACAUCACUCGUAACUUCCAGGAAGGGAAGGUGGUGGGAUUUGGUCAGCUUUGGGAAAAGGCUGUGAACCCUUUUCAAUUUUCUCCCUUUGGCUGGACAGGUUUAUUCCUCUGCGAUCGUUUCUGUUUCUCUCAGUGCUACACUGCUUUUCCCUGCCAGCGUAUAAUGAACUAUUGCUCACUGUAGGUGAAGCGAGGAUCAGGCAACUUGGUUGCCACUGCUGUCCUCGCACAAUGCUGGAGUCUGUAAUUUUACUUCAUUAUUCUGACUGCUGUCUGUACUGAGUGCUAUGAAGAUCAUAAAAUAUUUCUGUGCUAGAAAAUCUCUGAUGAAUAGCACAGAGGAUGGCUCAAGUUUCCAUGGCAAUGCUUCUGAAUGUGCUUCUGUCACCAAAGAAAGAGGGACUUUUCAGUUGAUUAAGGUUUGGGGGUUUUGUCUGUGAAAGGGGAUGGUGGUGAGACUGCAUGUUAGUUGUUUGCCUGCCUUUGGGUAGUGCCUCUGACUGAUAUAUAAUCUGGAGAAAGAGAAAGCUGACAUUUGUCUAAUGGCAGAGACGGACUGUGUCAUGCAAACUACAGCUGGACUCCUGGACAUGCUUAACUGUUCAGCUACAGAUGCAGCUGCACAAUCACCCGACAGUUAAGCCUGUACCAUUCUCUGCCUCUCACAUCUGACCAUCUGCUAGGGAAAAGCUAAUUAAACCAAAACGAUUCUUGCUGGGAUUAAACCCCAGCAGCAGAGAGAAUUGAGUAUAGUACAAAUAUUGUUCUCCUACUACUGGAUCAGGGUUACUGCUUUAUUUGUACUUAUAAAGAAUUGCAGGCUAUUCACCUCAGUUGCUGUCAGGAGCUGUUGGCCAGAUGCUGCUGGAUGCUGACAGGAGAAAGCUGAUUUGCAGACGAGCGGCCAGAAAUGUUUGGACACGUCGUCAGUUUGAAUCUGGCAUCUGAGUGAGUGUCCCUGCUUCAUGAGGCUUCGAAUUUGAACCCAGGCUGGUAACCCGCUUUCAGAGCCACGCAGGUGGGAGGAUGUCGAGCACAGCUCCAUCGAAGAAGCCUUACCGCAAGGCACCCCCGCAGCAUCGCGAGAUCCGCCAUGAGGUACCCAUCAUUCGUGACGACCAGGAUGGAGUGAUCUUGGCCGAGCAGAGUCAGGAACCCUUGACGGAUGCAGAAAGGAUGAAGCUACUGCAGCAUGAGAAUGAGGAGCUGCGCCGACGGCUGACAUAUGUGACUAACAAAAUGGAGGCAAUGGAGAGAGAGCUGGAGUCAGGUCAGGACUACCUGGAGAUGGAGCUGGGCCAGAACCGUGAGGAGCUGGAGAAAUUCAAGGACAAGUUCCGUAGGUUGCAGAACAGCUACACUGCUUCACAGAGAACCAACCAAGACCUGGAGGAGAAGCUGCACGCCCUGAUUAAAAAGGCAGAGAUGGACCGCAAGACGCUGGACUGGGAGAUUGUAGAGCUCACUAAUAAAUUGCUUGAUGCCAAAACCACCAUCAAUAAGCUGGAGGAACUGAAUGAACGCUAUCGACAGGACUGUAACCUUGCGGUACAGCUGCUCAAGUGUAACAAGUCCCACUUCAGGAACCACAAGUUUGCUGAUCUUCCCUAUGAGCUGCAGGACAUGGUCAAUAAGCAUUUGCACAGCACACAGGAGUCUGCAGGCCCUGGUCAAGAGACAACCCACACCUUGUCUCCAUCUGAUGUUGUGCCCACCUCAGUCAUUGCCAGAGUCUUGGAGAAACCAGAAUCUCUGGUUCUGAAUUCAGCCAAGUCUAGCAGUGGCAGCUGUCCCAUGGCUGAGGAUGUCUUUGUGCACGUGGACAUGAGUGGAGCCCCUCCUGAUGCCUGCAACAGUGCAGGGCAGGUGAGGAAGGAGGGAGGAGAUGCGGGGAAACAGCAGAAUGGUGGUUGCAAGCCGCAGAGCAGUGUGGAAAGUGUGCCAGAGGAGGUGCCUGCCUUCGAGAAGCUAAGCCCAUACCCUACACCCUCACCUCCCCAUCCUAUGUACCCUGGGCGCAAAGUGAUUGAGUUCUCUGAGGACAAGGUAAGGAUCCCAAAGAACAGCCCCCUGCCCAACUGUACAUAUGCUACGCGCCAGGCCAUCUCCCUCAGCCUGGUACAGAGCGAAGAUGAGAGCUGCGACAGGCACCGGACACUCCCCAACAGCCCCGCCUCGGAAGGGCGCCGUUCGACCUCCAGCUGUUCCUGUCAGCAGUCCCCCAAAACAGCCAGGGCUCACGGCUCUUCACAGAGCAGCCCCUUCAGCAGCCCUCCCCAAAUCCCGAGCGCCUUCGCCAGCUCUGCCAGCUCCGAGGAGGACCUACUGGCCAACUGGCAGCGUAUGUUUGUGGACAAGGCACCUCCCACCUCAGAGCGGGUGCUGAUGAACCGCACGGCUUUCAGCCGUGACACAGCCCCUGACCUCCAGAAGAGGUUCAGCCGCUCCAUGCAGGAGCUGGGUAGGGCAGCCUCGGCUUACUCGGAUGGUGAGGAGUCUGCGCAGAGCUGCAGCUGGACUGUGAGCCGGGAGUCAAGUGUGGACACAGACAGCACUGAGUCCAGAGCCCGCAGGAGCCAUUUCUCCUCAGACUAUGGUACAGAUUUCUCCCAGGAUGAAGCCCAGAAGCUGUUGCAGGAAAGUGGUGGAGGCGCUGCUGAGCCUGGAAGCCCCUCACCAGAGAAGCACAAGGACUAUGUGGACCUUGGCUUUCCUGAGAGCCCAGCCGAGGAGAGAGAAAUGUUGCUCCAGGGAAGCAAGGAGAUCAACCAAGGAGGUGCCCAAGAGGAAAGUGGAGAAGGCAGGGUCAAGCCUCCCUUCAGUCGGCCACACCGCAGCCCCAAGAGGAUGGGGGUCCACCACUUACAUCGCAAGGACAGUCUGACGCAAGCCCAGGAGCAGGGCAACCUUCUCAGCUGAGGCAGGGCAAGAAGCAGCCACACACUGCAGAGCUGUGGAAUGCCUCCAUCUCUCCACCUUCUGAGGGAGAAACCUCCCUUAGUACCCUCCUCCUGGGGGGGCUCUGCUCUCAAGUUUUAUAUUUAUUCUCUUCUUUUGCUACCUGAAAGAGCUGGGGUCCCCCUUCCCUGGCACCUUAGACCCACAGUACUAGCAUACACACUGUGCAGAAGCAUGCCCACUGCCCCGGCACACUCGCAGCUCUCUUCACAGCCUCACACUGGUGCCUGUACCAGAGCUCGUUCUUGGUACCCCUUGUCCUGGUGCCUGUACCUCUUUACGCUCGCAUCUUCCUUCCCCCUUCCCACUCAGGUACCUGAGGCCCUGGGUGCUCUCACAAUGAUUGCCCGCAGCUGCUCUGCUCUCUUUUAACAUGUGCCAACAGGGUAGCAUGCCUGCAUGGUGGUGUCUGAUUCCCUGGGAGCCCCCAGGGGCUGUGAGUGGGGCAGGAGGACUCUCCCAGGGGAUGGCUGCAUGCCUCUGGGGAUGUGCUGGGAUUGCUGGUGUCUCAUUUUCCUGCUAAGUUUUGUUUUCCCCAGCUGCCCACUGUGUGGUUCUCCAAAAUCUGCCUCUGCAGGUCCACAUUGCUUCGUUCCCGCUCCCGGCCCCCACUGGGGAAACACAGGGGUGCUGUGGCGUGGGACGCAGGUGCCGUCUGAUGAGGUGGUUUGGGGAGGCACUGCCUGCAAGGCGCUGGGGUUUGUGUUUGUGUGUCUCCUCCCUCACACCUCUUCCCCCGCUCCCUGUGCUGUUGUUUUGUUUGAAUGGUGCUGAUGCUUUGCUCUUGGGUGGGCUUCUUUCUUCUUUCCAAGCCUUUGGUUUUGGGGUGUAUUGUUUUUUCUUUCUCCCCACCCUGCAUAAACAGAGACAGCCGUUGGCAGCCAGUCUGAUGCCUGUGUUGAGGGUGUGUUGAGGUGGUUCAGCUCUCAGAGCUGCACUUCCCUCUGAUCCUGGCCCUCCUGCCUGGAGCAACCCCUCCAGACUCAAGAACAAGGUCUCACCUCGGGCGAGCAAGGUGUGAAGGAUGCUGCUGGGCUUUUCUGGGCAGGGCUCGGUGCGGGGCCGGCAGGGAUGCAAGGGCAGCCCGUUGAGGCGCUGCUCCCUCCAGAUGCACUACCUCACGGCUUGGCAGCAGCCCAUUGCCAGGGUCUCCUCACACCCCCUUCUCUUGGGGGGCUCCAGGCUCUCUCUGGGGCCUCCCCACCUGGGUGGGUCCUCUCUGUGUGUUUUUCCUAGUGUAGUGUGAUAUUGUGUGACUUUUCUUCUCAGUCUUGUGUGCUUGGUGUCUUAGGGGGGAGGGAUGGGCAGAGGUCUGUAGAUGUAGGUAUUUUUUUUGAGGGCUUAAAAAGCCCAGGUGUCCUGUUUUAAUUUUGUCCUGUGCCCUUGUCUGUCUGGUGUUUCUUGGCUCCUGUGGGGAUGCGAGGCUGAGAAUAGCCUGGUUCCCUGCGCCGUGCCCCCCUCAAGCCUCGCUGGCUGUCCCCAGCCUGCUGUCUGUUUUUUGAGUUGGGUUUGUGUUGUCCUCCCACCAUUCUCAAUGAGGGCUCUUCACUGGGCUGUAGGAGAGCAGCCCCCUGUCUGGGAGGGAGCUCCCGUUCAUGUGCUUACAGCAAGAUGUGCAGCCAAGAGCUGCCUGGGGGCCUGGCUUCCCUCUCCAAACCCAUCUCUGCAAAGGGCUUGCCGCUGGGGCUUCAGCUGGAGCCUGGAGGCUGCAGGGCACAUGAAAGGGAGCUGCAGACCUUUCUGGUGGCUAUGUAGGUAGCUUUAUGUACUGUGGCUGGAGCUGCCUCCUACACGCUCGCCUUGUUUCCCACCUCAAAACAGUUGUGGAGCUGGUUGCCACCUUCUGGCAGCAAGGUGGGACUCAGUAUUUCACUACAGUAUUUUGCUUGAUACCUUUGCAAACAGGCUGGUGCUGAGAGCAGGAGCCAUCUCUGAGCCUGCAGGAUGUUUGUCUCCCCUGUCCUGAACAUGGUGUUGGGGUCCCUGCAUUUGCUUUCAUGAGCCACUCCACUGCUGCAUUUCUUCUGUUCUGCAGUGUUGCUGAGGGCUUGCAUCUGCAGCAGCUGCCCGCUCCUGCCUCAUGGACAUCACCUGGGAGCAGAUGCUCACUGAGUGAGGGGCUCUGGGGCUGCUGGUGGCCUGCCUGUGGGACAGCACAGCCACUUGGGCAGUGGGGGAGGCAUUGCCCCUCAGGGCUCCACCCCGUCUCCCCUGAAUCCUGGUGUGCUGGUCAGGGGACAAGACCUUCUCUUGCUGGAGUAGCUGGUACUGAUGGUGCUGGGCAGAGCCAGCUUCCAUCUGCUUUUGGUCAAGGUAGGCUUAAAAGGAAAACAGUGGAGAAAUGAGGGGGUGGCAGAGGCUUGACCAGUGCCUCACCAGAUGCUUCUGCUUCACAGCAUCGGGCUGCUGGCAGAGGCCGAGGGGGAGUGGUGGCCUCAAGAGGAGCAGAGCCCUCUCCCGAUGGGCACGGUGCCUGCCCUCUGCACUCCUGCUCACCUCCAGCAGUAUUGGCUCUGGGGCCUUGAGCUGACCCUACUUUCAGUGUCCCAACUCCAGACUGUUAAUCUGUAACUAAGGUGUUUUUUUUCUGAAAUUUUCAAACUGAUGUAUAUUUUAAGAGCAGAAAUAAACUAUUUUAAAAGUA